AUGAAUCCUCAAGACAUCAAGGACCCAAUGAUGAAUGUAGAACAUGAAAAUAUAAAUCUUACCAAUAUAAUCUUGAUAGGAAAUGAUCCAAAGUUGGAUGAAUUGAUCAGAAUUUAUCCACAUGAGUUGUUUUCUGAUCAUAUACCUAUGAAUAACGAUGACUUGAUCCAAGGACGAUCAUUUUAUCAAGAUUUGAAUUAUUCGGAAGCCAUGAAAUCUUAUAGAAAACUCAUUGAGUCGUUUUCAAAACUCAAAGAACCCAUUCCAAAAGAUGUAAUGCAAAUUGCAGCAAUCGCUUUAUCGAACAAUGCGUCAUGUAAACUUAUCAUGAAUGACCAUCGUGGUGUGAUUGACGAUUUAGAAAAAUCUAUUGCAAUGAAUGUGAUCUUGAUUAAGACUGCUUUACGUUAUCAAAAACUAAUAGUCACUCAAAUCAUACAAUUAUUUAAAUCGUACAUCAAUUUAUUUGAAUUGGAAUCGGCUCAUCAACUUUGGUCAAGAGUUCGAAACGAUUUUUUCCUUUUAAAUCUAAUUCAUCGGAACCAAAAAUCGAUUGUAGAUUUUCAAAAUUUAACCAAAAUCUUACAUUGGUUAAUCUUUAUAGAAAAGAAAAUUUAUGAAUGUAAAAGUCAAAUGAGAUGGGAUUUAGUAAAUCACUAUUUUAAAAUUUUAGAAAAUAAAAUCACGAUUUGGAAUCUAAAUGAUUCGAUUGAAGAAAUCUUACCAUUAGAAUUAGAGAGAAUCAAAGCUGAAAGUUUAGCUUGGUUAGGAUACCCAGAAGAAGCUGAAUGGGUCGCAACUCAAUGCAAGGAUCCUGUUGAUUUCGACACCCCUCAAGACUUAUGGUUACGUGGAUUGAUCAGUUUCUCCUAUGGGAAUCUAGAAGAAAGUUUAGAACAUUUUGAAAGAUUAGACGAAAUCAAAAAAGAUUCAAACUCAACUGGUACAAAGAAUCGAGUGAAAUACUUGUUAUCUCAACAGGAUGAAGUUAAGAAGCUUUCAAUAGAUCAACAUCUUGAAAGUCUUCCUAAGAUGACCGCAUUGAUACGAUAUCUUUUACUUCGUGUGGGUCAACACCCUAUUGAACAAACGUUUGAGGAUCACAUUAGAGUGAUCUAUAUCGAGACUUGUUUCAAAAAACUUAAUAAGAUGACCAACGUUCAAGAACUUGAAAAAUAUAUUCAUGAAGUGAUCAAAUAUACCACCGAGAUCUUAAGUUCAAAAGCCUUAGUUGACAACAUGAAUGCAAGAGCUCCAAUGAUACCGAUCAGAUUAAAGAAAUUCCUUUUGAUUGCAUUUCUUUACAAAUCAAGGAUCUGGGCAUACAGAGAUUAUAAUCUAUUUCAAUCCAUAGACACUUAUUCACGUCUGAUCCAUUAUUUCAGAUUCCUUAAUGGUUAUAAUUUAGUAGUGAAUUUGAAUUUGAAUUUGAUUAAUGAAGAAUUGAAUCAAGUUAAGAGGAGAUGUGCUUUUCUUAAUCAAUAUCAUCAUCAACAACAACAAAUCAGAUUUAAUAUGACCGUUAAUCAAUCAUUGAUCCGUCAAGCUGAAAUUUCGAAAGAAAAAGCUUUGGAAGCAGCUUUGAAAGAAAAAGGUUAUCAAGAAGCUUUAAGACUUGCUAGAUCGCAAUUAGGAUAUUAUAAAGUGUUAGGAGUUAAAAGAACUGCAUGUCAACGUGACAUUAGAUCAGCUUUCAAAAAGUUAGCGUUAGAAACUCAUCCAGAUAGAGGUGGUUUAACUAGACAUUUCCAACUUUUGAAUGAAAUCCAUUCGACUCUUAUCGAUCGAAUGAAAAGAUACGUUUAUGAUAAUCGUCAAAAUAAAUUAAAAGAUUGA